CAUCGACGACGACCAAGCAGAGGAGCAUAUACACAGGCCCCGGCAUCCAACGACAAGAUGGCCACACCUCGAUCACGCGUCGUCUUUGUGGGCAACAUCCCCUAUGAGAUGUCAGAGGAGCAACUCAUCACCAUCUUCUCAGAGGUCGGCCCCGUAGCAGGAUUUCGCCUCGUCUUCGAUCGAGACACUGGCAAGCCAAAGGGCUACGGCUUCUGCGAAUUCCAUGACCCAGAGACGGCGGCCAGCGCUGUACGCAACCUCAACGAUGUCGACGUAGGAGGGAGAAGUCUGCGCAUCGAUUGGGCAGAUGUGGACCCGGUCUUCCAAGGAAGAACCACACAGAUGGGUCAAAUCGACGGCGAGCUACCGAAACGCGACGGAAGAAGACCAGGCAAUCCCAGCGCCGGUGGACCACAGCGUGGCGGCGGAGGAGCAGGUGCAGGACCACCUUUCGGUCAACAGGGAGGACCUGGAGGAUUCGGUGGUCCUCCGCAGCAAGGAGGCUUUGGUGGGCCAGGCGGCUACGGUGGUCCCCCGCAGGGUGGCUUUGGCGGACCUCCUCAAGGCGGCUUCGGCGGUGCGCCAGCGGGCAUGGACGCGCCGUACAACCUCAACAAUCUGCCUCCGGGCGUCAACCUUCAGGCUGGACAGACGGCAACUGACGCCAUUACUCAGACUUUGGCUACUCUGCCGCCAGACCAGCUGCUGGACAUCAUGGGACAAAUCAAGUCCCUCAUUCUCACCUCCCCGCAAUCAGCACAAAAUCUUCUCAGCUCCCACCCACAGCUCACUUACGCCCUCUUCCAAGCCAUGCUCAUGAUGAACCUCGUCGACCCAGCAAUCCUGCAGCGUAUUCUCCUCGCCGGAGGCGUCAAUGGGGGUGCAGCAGCAGCAGCGGUAGCCAAUGGCGGGCCUGCAGUCAACGGGGCUGCUGGUGGUAUGGGCCAGCAACAGCGAUAUCCGAGUAUGGGAGGAGGACCCCCGCCGCCCCAGCAGCAGCAGCCAUACGGCGGCGGCGCGUAUGGUGCCAACCCAUACAGCAAUACCCCUCCUCCAGGCGCACCUCCCUCUCGUCCCCCCUUCGGCCAACCCUCUCAUCUCGGUCGCGCCUCAUCAGCGCAAAGCACUCCGCCACCGCCUCCCCCAUCUGCACCACCUAUCGCCCCUCCGCAAGCUAACGCAGCAGCAGCGGCGGCAGCGGCCGUAGCGGCCGGAGGCGGUGGAGCCGCAGCGGCUGCGAACAAUCCGAACCUGCCAGAUGCGCAGCGUCAAUUGUUGAUGCAGGUUCUUGGGUUGAGCGACGCACAGGUGGCGGCGCUACCACCGGAUCAGAGGGAAAGUAUCAUGAUGUUGAGGAGGCAGAUGGGCAAGUGAGAGCGCACGCGAGAGCAGUCGAAAAGAAAUGCUGGAUGAUAUUGAGAUGUAGCAGAUAUGGAGGAGGUAACGAGAGAGAGUUGACGAGGGACUACCAGCAAUGCAUCUUAUCAUUAUCCCAUCG